CCCCGUUCGCCUCCCGCGUCCCGGCGCUAACGAGGGCCAUUCACUUGGCGUUACUCGAAUCUCUACGCCUCCGGUGGCGAUCCCUGCGGUUCCUUGACGUCCUCCUCGCGCGCGAGCAUAGGUAUACCGAUUCCCUCCGUCAAUCACGGCUCCAUGCCUUGUGUUUUGAGACCAUUCUGAAGUCAUCUUGCGUCCAUCUUCCAUGGACAUUGACAAUGCACACGCUGGGUCCUUGUCACGCCGCGUCCUACCCUUGUCACCCUGCCCUGCGUCCUGCUCCCACCACUCUGCGCCCAUCCAUCAUCUCACGCUGCGGCGGCAGAGCGAUACGCGCCUUCGCGUAGAUUUUUCUCACCCCGCGGGCCUCGAGGGGGCGCCCCCGCCGCCGCCUUGUGCUGAUCUGCGCUCGGCUGGGACUGAUCUGUGCUCGCUCGCUCUGAUCUGUGCUUGCGACCUCUGAUCUUGGCUGAUGUUCCGCUGGUCUGUGCUUGCGGUUGCCUGCUCUGUUUGCCGCCGCCUGGUCCUCCCUUGCCGUCGCCUUGUUCUUGCUCCUCCAACAAGCCGGUGGACUGAGAGGCACAGCCGGGCAUCGGGAACAUCAUGCGUCCCCCCCGCGCCUCCCGGGUUGCAGCUCUCGCGCCCCUCGGAUUCCGGAUUGCAUCAAUCGCGCCUCUCGGAACGUACCUCACCCGUGCAAACAAGCGCAUCUGCUUUGCUCACACAAGUGCAACUCCCUAAGUCCCGUGCGCUACUUCCCUACGAAUACGACCGCAUCCCGCGCAGGCCGCACGGAUAUGACCGAGCGUCAGAGCGCUUCUGGGUCGGAGAGCCUGUACCUCCUGGAUCAGAGGGCCGGUAGCUCGUGGCGGAGUAGCAUCUACUGCUACCUCCCACUACCUCCUGAUGAGCCUUCGGCGCCUCCUGG